GACAGGCACCUAGAAAACUCUAAAAUAAGAUAAAAGGAUCAGAGACACCAAAAUAUAAAACUUAAAAGAAGAAUCUGCAAAAAUUGUGUUGAAGCGUGAAUGAAAAGAAAAAAUGGAGAUAGGCAGUCUGGCAUAUCCUCAAAACUGCCUAUUCCAUUGAAUGUGUAUUGGCGGUAGAAGUACACAGCAACAAAACGCGACUACAACAAUAACACGAAGGAGGCAGAAAACAUCAUAGAGAAAAUGAAGAGAAGCAGCAGCAUAUGCUACAUUAGUGGCCUAAUGAGUUUUGGAAUUUUGGCAAUGGUAUUUGUAUUGGCUGCAGUUUCGCUGUUUUUGGAAAAGAAUAAUCAAUAUCAUCAAUAUCAGUAUAAACAGCAAUACCCACCUGCAAACAAUGCUACUUCAUCAACACCCACAAAUAAAUCCGUAUCCUCUUCCUUCAAUCUACAAGGCUUUGAGGUCAUGUAUGCAAAUAUGGUGCUAAAUUCCUACAACUUUACUAAAAUGCGUUCUGAUUGGGACAUGCUGUACGCCAACUUGCAUAGAAAGUUGUACAGUAAAGGCCUGAGGGGCCCCUCAGAGAUGCACUGCUUUUUGUGGCUUGCGGACUGCUACAACCUUGCGCAACAUCCCAUUUUUGCGAAGAGCUUGAUACCAAUCCUUGGACCCGAUAUCAUUCUGCAUGGUAUCAAGCUGUGGAGAUUGGCCAAUGGGACCGCAAGAAACCUGCAUUUGGAUAACGAGUCAGGAGACUGCGAUGAAGUUGUAAAUGUGAUUAUUGGAAGCAAGGUCAGAAUAUUGAAAGGUUCACAAAUGUAUGAAGGUAGAUGGAGACAUACACUCCUAAAAAAUAUUGCUGCAUUGAAUGCCCAUCAAAAUCAUGCCAACAUAGAAGAUAUUAUCAUUGGAACUGUACGGAAAGGAAUAAUUAGAAGGCAAGGAAACCCAAUGGAUGAUAUCAGCUUCAUCACCAUAGAACCAGGAGAAGGAAAUAUAGUUAUACUUCAUGGCAAUGUUGUAUAUGGAAUUGAGGCUGCCUCUAUUGGGGAAGAGACAGCGAUUCUGCAGUUUGCUUCUGCCAAAUGCAAGAUCAGAGACAAUAAGCAGGCACUCAACAAUGUCUUUUUACCUCCAGUCCUGCUUAUUUCAGGUACCUAUGAUGUGUUAUCAAGUCCAAAUGAUGUUAGGAAUGUUAUGGUAAGCAACGAAGGUUUCAUAUUUGUGCCUAAAACCACCGAUAUUUUGAACCCAUUUGCUCCUGCAGAAAGGAAUUUGAGCUUGUUCAGUUGGAAAAGUCUUUCUAUUAAGUGCAAAACAAAGCAUGGUUGUAGGACUUUCAGGUAUGGAUCAGCUUCCACUGCUGUCCUAUCAAAGGUGAGUUUUGAGUACUCUGAUUUCAAAGCUGAGGGAGCUCACUUCAAAGAAUUUACAAGUGACGACGAGGAGAAAAUUGUGAUUGUUUUGAGUGGUUCUCUGUUAUACUUUUGUGCUGAUAUGGAAGUGCAAGGAUAUAGAGAAAUGGGCAUACUGGAAAUUCACGGUUCAAUGUAUAUUCCUGUUGGUGGCUGGCAUGCACUUGUUCCUGCUUCUCCUUACAGAAAUGCAUUUGUUUCAGUCCGUUGGAAAAGAAGAACGAUGGUAACAGGACAAAGGUGGCUUGGAUCCAGGGGAUUUUUUGGGUUCCGGACGAUUAUACUGCAAAGUGGUCAGGCAUACGAUCCUUCCAAUGAAAAUAACUGUGAUGUAAUCUUGGUGAUGCUUUAUGGGAAAUCUUUGCAAAUGCUUCCUUCAGAAAUAUCUCUCGAGGAGUCCCACACAUUGCUGAUUUCAGGAGGUGACCCAUGUCUUCUGUGGAACAUUGGAAAAGCUUCAGUUGCUUUUGUUGCGAUACACGUUUGUGGUUAUGAUGAGCAAAUUGAGCACCUAUUUAAUGGGGACCCCAGGGCCUCAUCAUAUUUUAGUGGUGGAGGUAGAAUCAUGAGAAAAAUCUGAGUUCUUAAGUGAGUGUUUUUUCCAUCAAAAGCAACAGAUUUGAGAGUAUAUUUCACUCAUUUUGAGCCCUGUUUAUGUUAUGAUUAGGAGUCUUCUCAUUUGUUUCCAAGAAUCAAGCCAGCAGUGCAAAUGCCUGUUGAGAAACAAGUUCAGCAGCUCCACAUUCAUGCGUUUCUCAAAAGAAAAUUGUGCAUGACCGCAUUUGAAUAUUGAAUUUCUGGGAACGUUAUGGUGUGGUUAUCAAUCUGGGAAAUACAACUGUUCAGAAAUUUUUUGACCCUAUAAUUCUCCACACAAAAUUAUACUCAUCCACUCGUAUGUAAAUAACUCUCAAAAAAAUGUGCAAAUCACAGUUCUGAGUUUUGAGUUCUUUCAUAUAAAACAACUUGGUUCUUUUAGUUAGAGAGUUACACAAAAACUAACUAGAUCAUAGUCUUCAUCAAGCUAUUAGAAUUCUGAGUUUUGAUCCAGUAUCUUUCUGGCCAAGUGGGCUUCUCUUUAUAUAGCUUUGUCAGAUUUGAGAUGAGGGCCUCCUCAAGAUGACUGUGUAGUAAAACCUCAGGAGCACUGAUUUUCAUAUUGCUACUUUUGCUACGGCUGGCAGCUAUUUACUACUGAAAAAAAUCAAUACAACUAUAGCAGAUGAAUUGCGUACA